GAAUCCAAUAUGGCUGCAAGUGCUGCAAGUGGUUUCAAUUAGAUCUGAGUAACACGAUAUAGGGAUCGAUAGCGAUCCCUGCCCAAGACCAUUUUCCCUUCCUCCUGCAAUAAACACACAUUAGUGGAGAACUAAGAUUUACAAAGAACUCCAUGCUUUAUUGGCCUACGCCUUUGUUAAACUAUAUUUAUAUAUAUCUCCUUACUACCUACAUAACGUACAAACUAUCGAUCGUACUUUUGAUUGUUAUUGUAACAUACUUUGCAACUCCCUAGUAGUACAGAUACAGAUACCAAAUACCAGUACAUGGAACACAUAACAGUUUAUGGAUCAAUGAAUUAUAAUUGUUCUCUCUUGGUUCCGCAAAUGCAAAGCGCUAAAUGAAAUCCAAUAUGAAUACCACUUAAUCUAAACAUAAACGAUCAAUAAAUAUUCUUGAAAUUGCAUUUUAACCCCUUCCUCGGAUCCUUCUGUUCUACUUCUCUCUGGCUUUCAGCGAAUCAGCCCUUUCAAUCCAAAAAGCGCUCCGGAUUCAUCGUAUUCAUACAGAAAUUAAUUUGUGUUUACCAAGUUCACAACGGGAGUGCUUGAUGGCACCAUAGGCGGCCCAAUGUUUAUUUUCUUAGUGCGCCCCAAACAACAGAUUUUAUGGAGAGACUCUCUUUUCUCUUUCUCUUUUCUUUCUCAACUUGAGACUUUCCAACACAAGCACGAACAGUUUUUACUAAAAGGAAAGAAGUUCUCGAGGCCGAAAGCUUCGCUCUUCAAUUAGUCUUUCGGACGCCGCCGACGAGGAAAGCACAGAACAGUAAAAUUCGAAACUCAAAAUUAAAAAAAUACAUUAGUUUAGUUCAUAUAUCCCACAAAAAAGGGGCCCGGAGAGAACUCGGCGACGAGGAAGUGCAUUCGUCAUGGCAAAGAACCUGGAAGAUACUUUAAAUGAUUUGAACGGCGAACUAAUCAACUUUGACAAAGACCGGAAGACGUUUACAGCGCACUAUACCGAGCUGAGGAACCAGCUCUACUCCCUGUGGAAGCGCGACGAGAAGCUGGGCAAGCUGCUCAAGGGAUCCACCUUGGGAGGAAGCUAUGGCGACAACCUGAAGGUGUCCAAGCCGGACGAGUUUGACUUGCUGAUUCACUUGGAGUUCCCAGAGAAUAACAGGAUCAUUGUGAAGCCGGAUCCCCGUAGGCCAGGGAACGUAACGCUGGACAUGACGAAGGUAAUGGAGGCCAUCAGGGAUAGUGAACAUCACAGGCCCAUCUACGAGCAGCUCCAAAAGUUGGUUAACGGGAAGAACAUGCUCCUGGAGGACAGGCUGCAGAACUGGCUGCAGGGCCUGAUGAUCCAGGCGCUAAACAAAAUUGGCAACCAGAUCGAGGUGAACAAAACGAUCUCCAAGCUGACGUACAAGAAGUGCGGGCCUGCACACACCAUCUUCGUGACAGGGCCCUACAAGUACUCCGUGGAUUUUGUGCCAGGCAUCAAGCUGGUAGCCGCGCAGAGCGUCCUUGCUGGAGAUCAGAAGAAGCACUUUGGCAACUCUACGCACUGGUAUGCGAUUGCCAAGCCCCUGAAGCCUCCUCAGCCCGACAACAACUCCUUCCGGGCAUCCUACUACGCAGCCGAACACGAACUGCUCAAGGACAAGGCCAACCUGAAGAAUGCCGUGCGUCUCCUAAAGAAGUUCCGCGACGCGAAGCAGAACCUGAGCAAUCUGAAGAGCUACUACAUCAAGACAGUCUUCCUCUGGGAGGUCACUAAGCGGGAUCCCCGCUACUGGCAGAGCCCCCUCCAUGAGAUCUUUAUUGAGAUGAUGAGCAAGUUGGCCAAUGCCCUGAAGCUGACUCCGGGCAAGGGUAAGCUCCAGUUCUUCUGGGACCCCAAACUGGAAAUGAUCGCCGAUCUGAGCUCCAACCAACGCGCUGAAAUGUUCAACUGUGUAGUGAAGAGCUUGUACCGUUUCCACAGGCCACCACAGGGCUUCACGGAUGACAAGGAACAACAUGCGCAGCUCCUUCAGUAACCGCGAGGAACGGGGCAUUGAAAAAAAGCCUGCCAAGCCGACGGCCAAUCCCAACACCCAGUUGUGCGAAAAGAAUAAUGUGGCAACCCAGUGCCAAAGCAACCCAGAGGACCUCCCCGUUUUGAAUUCCGCAACUCAAAUAGAGAUUGUAACGUCCAAUCGUAAGUUUGGUACCAAAGAGAAGGCAAGCCCUCCGGCGAGCGAAGGAAACCCCAAGCCGUAGCCGAACGGAUCCCUGUUGAAGCCAGAGCCAGACGUCCAACAGAAUCCAAUGCCAAUGAUGAAUACCCAGUUGUGCGAAAAGCAUAAUGUGGCAACCCAGUGCCAAAGCAACCCAGAGGACCUUCCCGUUUCGAAUUCCGCAACUCAAAUAGAUAUUGUAACGCCCAAUCGUGAGUUUAGUACCAAAGAGAAGGCAAGCCCUCCGGCGAGCGAAGGAAACCCCAAGCCGAAGCCGAACGGAUCCCUGUUGAAGCCAGAGCCAGACGUCCAACAGAAUCCAAUGCCAGCCGAAGCAUUGUCUAAACUCUCAGAUGGGCGAGAAGAAAACUGGGGAAACCCAGAGCCAAGGCAAUCCUAUUUCGACGCCCAAUCCCCAGUUGGGUGCGAAGAAGAAGGCAAGCUUUUCCGCGAGCCAAGGCUGAAGCCCAGCUGAAGCCCAGUCGCAGCUAUCUAUUCCAGAGCCAAGGCAAGCUCAAGCCGAAGGAGAAUCCUGCUACGAAUUCUGCAGUGGAGAAUGCAGCUGCAACGCCCAAUACCCAGGAGGGUGCCAAAAAAGAGACAUGCGAAGGAAACCCCAAGUCAAAGGCGAGGGGAUCCUUGCCGGGCUCUGCAUCGAAGACGAAGCUGAAGCCGGAUGU